AAAUCAGCACCACGGACAGCGGCUUCUGCCAACGCGCAGCAAAACGGUGGAGCUUUUUCCUUUACCGAUAGACGGAGGAAGGAAUAAUCAUAAGAAAAUGAUUCGACAACAACAAUAUAGAUAAACACAUCUGUUUCAAUUCGGCUAGCAUGCAUUUCCAUGGCAGGAUCCUCCAGUUAUCAGAUUUCGAUGGAGGCACGUUUGCUGUCGGAAGCAAGUAUUUCAGCGCAACCAUGUAAAUGAACGUCUUAUUGUUAUUAAUUGAACUGGUGAAAUUAGUUAUUGGUAGUAAACGAAACCGUUAUUUGAUGGCAAAGUUUAACUGGCAUAGCGAAGUAAUCGCUUCGUUCGCCUAUUCUGGGGGGUUCUUCCCUGGCAUCUUCGUUCUUCCAGGUUUGUGUUGUGCAGGAAUCAUUGCAGAAAGAAUAAAAAAGCAGCAUGGAAAUUCAAUGGCAAAGUGAUGUGCAUUUUUCUACACAUUUUUGGUGUCUCGUCCGAUUCUGUUUAAAAUGCAAACACUUUGGAUAGUAGUGUCUCUCGGACUUGUGUGGAGGGGGAACUGUGUGGACGUAGCCUAUUCUCUAUCUAUCAGCCAGAAAAAACACAGUAAGGAAACAGGGGAAGAGAAAAACGGUGAUCUGAUGGCUAGCAUGCCAUUGAGGGACAAACAAGCGAGAUGAUUGCCAUCUCGUUUUAAUUUCAACUGGCCUUUUUUUUGUAUGGACUAAACAGCUGAAAGCAACAUCCCAAAAUGACUCGGUGGAAUUACUCAUGCCAUAGCAUUAAUAUAAUUUUAUAUUAUACCUGAGACUCCAAAGCUCCUCUGAACCCCUCUCAAUCUUGCUCCGCUCUCGUCUUGAAAUAGAAUAUCACAUUUUCGCUCAAAACCAUGUUAAAGGUUCCCCUUAAAUACAGCUCCCGUUAAAUUCAAGCUUUGGCAUUGUCCCAUGAGUGACUGGGUCGAAAAUGAACGUGAGGGGAUUCCGUUUGAUCUUAUUGCUGUUUGGAUAUGCUAAUCGCUCACACUGAAAGCUAUCAUGAUGGUUUUGUAUUGGCAUCCGUUGACUCCCGAAAAGAAACCGUCUCUGCCCAUCCAUUAAAAAACUUCCGCAUUGACUAUCAUAGGCUACACUUGGUAACAGAAAAAAAUGUAUCAAGGAAUGAUACAAUCUAUUUACAUUGUCAUAUUUGGAUUUCUAUUGACCAAGAUUUGUGCCCGGCAGCCAUACUUUUUAUAGACACCUCUGAUAUUUUGUUUUGAUACCAUAGCUAGAGAAGGCUACUUGAAACAAAUAGCCUCGCACUUGGCAAUAAUAAUACUAACAAAGCCCCCUUUGGCUCCCAAAUCAUGCAAACUAAAUGCCUGAUUCAUCCAACUCCCUUUAUUGAUACCUUCUAUUUCACCCUACAGCUGCAUUUUGCCUAUGUGGGCUAGUUCAUGAUGUUUAAGUACCGGAUCCGUAUGUUUUUCAAUGAACUGAAAGUGCUGGUUUUCAUGCGGUCUGGCUCAAGACGGGAGACCGAUUCAGACACAGACACAGACAGGCGAACGAGCAGCAUGCGAGGGCUCGGGGUAGGAGGCUGCGGGUGGCCACGCUUCGACUGUUCUACUCGGGACGAUGAGGAGGAGUACUAUGGCACCGAUCCCCGGCCGCGCAGCCUGGCAUUCGAGGAGAAGGAUCAGAAGCUCCAAGCAGGCCUGGACGCGGUGUCGCUCACAAGCAGCCUGGACAGUGGCAUGCGCUCGCCGCAGUGCCGGAUCUGUUUCCAGGGCCCCGAACAGGGGGAGUUGCUGAGCCCGUGUCGCUGUGACGGCUCUGUGCGCUGUACUCACCAGCCCUGCCUCAUCCGCUGGAUCAGCGAGAGAGGCUCCUGGAGUUGUGAGCUCUGCUACUUCAAGUACCAGGUCCUGGCCAUCAGCACCAAGAACCCACUGCAGUGGCAAGCCAUCUCUCUGACGGUGAUAGAGAAGGUGCAGAUAGCAGCCAUCAUCCUGGGUUCUCUGUUCCUUAUCGCCAGCAUCUCCUGGCUGGUGUGGUCGUCCCUCAGCCCUUCGGCCAAGUGGCAGCGCCAGGACCUGCUCUUCCAGAUCUGCUAUGGCAUGUACGGCUUCAUGGACAUUGUGUGCAUAGGUCUUAUAAUUCAUGAAGGAUCGUCUGUAUACCGGAUCUUUAAGCGCUGGCAGGCCGUGAACCAGCAGUGGAAAGUACUGAACUAUGAGAAAGACAAGGACCUGGGCGACCCUGUCAGCUCCAGCAGCAAGGGUGGGGGGCGUGGGGGUCGAAACCCUCCCCACAGUUCAGCCGGGGCGGACAGGGGAGGCCUGGCAGGCCAGCGUGUUAGGACUAUUCUCAACCACCACUGUGGCUACACCAUCCUGCACAUCCUCAGCCAGCUGAGGCCCAGCAAUGCACGCAUCAGCUCCACGACCAACCGUGAGGUGGUCAUGAGGGUCACCACCGUAUGAGACAGGACUCUGCGGGUGCGAGGGAUUUGGACAACAGCCACCAACCCCCCUGAUCCGAUCCACCUCCUUAAAACUCCCAAAUGACUCUCACUAUUCGCCCCUGGCCUUACCC